GUUCAGCUCGCUGGUAAAAAAAAUAUCAUACAGAAGAUCUUGUAUCAUCCAACCUUGCGACAGUAAAAACAUUAUAAAUUUAACAUUCCAUUUGCUUGUUAGAUUGCACAGAAAAAUGGCAGGGCAUGCAGUAGUUGUUCCGUAUCCAGCGCGAGGCCAUGUAAAUCCAAUGAUGCAGCUCGCCACAAAGCUCGCCUCUCAUGGAAUCUCUGUUACAUUUGUGCUGACUGAGUCGUGGCACAAAAUCAUGACAAAGGCCAUGGACAAUGAUUUUUCCCAUGCCCAAAAGCUUGGCCUGGACAUUCGGGCGGCCAUCAUUCCGGACUGCGUGGUGGGGGAAUCAGAAAGGUGGGGCAACAUGACGAACUUUUUUCUGUCGCUCUCCAACAUGGAAACUCAUGUCAGCGAGCUUAUAACCAACCUCAAAAGCUCGGGAACCGCCCCGUCCUGCAUAGUGGCCGACACUUUCCUCAGAUGGGCGGUGCCUCUGGCUAAAAGACACAAUCUCCUCUCUAUAGCCCUGUGGCCAAUGUCUGUCACAACCUUCUCCAUCUUUUAUCAUAUUGAUUUAGUUGGGUUGCAAGUGUGUAUAGAUUGUAUUCCUGGGGUGCCUUCCAUUCAACGGGCAGAACUUCCACACGAGAUUCUCUCUGCCUCCCCUCUAAGCAAUGAAAUAGCCAAAUGCUUAAUGGAUGUGAGAGAAGCAAAUUGGGUUGUGGGGAAUUCUUUCUAUGACUUGGAUUGCAGUGCAGUGGAGGCCAUGAUCAACAGAACACCGGUACAGUGUGUGGGUCCAUUGUUAAUCAUGCCCUCUCAGGCCCACUGCCAUGACGGGAAGGACGAUUCACAGUGCAGUCAAUGGCUGGAUUCGAAACCGGCGCGGUCGGUCAUAUACGUUUCCUUCGGAAGCUUUAUCCAGGUGUCAAGAGCUCAGGUAAGGGAAAUAGCAAUGGGUCUGAUGCAGAGCAGGUGCUAUUUUGUGUGGGCUCUUCGUCCGGAUAAAGAGGCGUCGCAUGUCUCUGAAAUGUUGCCGACUGGAUUUUUGGAGACAAGUAAAGAGCAGGGAUUGGUUUCAAGCUGGUUUAAUCAAGUCGACAUUCUGAAACAUCCUUCGGUGGGAGGGUUUUUCAGCCACUGUGGAUGGAACGCCGUUAUGGAGAGCAUUUCGGCGGGUGUUCCCAUCCUGGGAUUUCCUCUUGCGCUGGAUCAGUUCGUAAAUUGCAAGCGUGUGGUGGAGGAAUGGAAGUUUGGGAUGAGGGUGAGGAGUCGAGAGGAUGAAAACAGGGUAAUAGCGGCGCAGGAGAUCUCCAAAAGGGUUGUAGUGUUCAUGGAAGGUGAGGAAAACGUGAGAUUUAGAGGAGCGGUGGAGAGGCUUAAAGAGCUCGCCAGAGAGGAAGUCAUCAAUGGAGGAUCUGCCACUAAUUUGAAGCUUAUUUCCGAUAGGUUGAAAGCCCCCCAAUGUCCAUGAAAGAAAUAGCAGGAUAUCAAGCAUUUGAAACAGAGUAAUUGCUUUGAUCUUUCUCUCCACUGUUUGUCUUUUUUUAUGUCAGUCAGUCGCAAAAAAAUUGUAUAUCAAUACGAGAAUAAAGCAUUUAAUAUCAAAUAUCCAGGUUUGAACAGAA